AUGGCUCGGUCUAGCUCGCUGCGUGUCGCAGCCUUCUUUUUUAUGGCUGCUUUAGCCUAUCCGGGGUGCGCUGCGCCGGUCGCUGAGCGGUCUCAGAAGCCAGCUGAUGCGAAAAAGGCAGAUGGUACUGAAUCAGCUGACCUAACAGAUGAUGGCUCAUUCAGCAUUGUAACUAACGAAGGUCCGCUGCCAUACCCCGUAGAGAAGAUGCAAGGACCCCCUCUGAGUCAGUGCGAUUCAGACCAUGUUGGCGCCGGCUUCACAGCAGUGGCAUUCGAGGGAAAUCUUGUCUGGACAGCGGCCAAAUACCCAGCUGCGUUGUCGAAUUCAACUGUCCUCACAAUUGAGGUGCAGGACGCAACCAAAGAGGACACGGCAGAUCGCCCAAUCCUCUUCGUUUAUCGUAACGACACCAGGAGCGAUUACAAAGCGGGAGAGCCUAUCUCAUUUGCAUUCUGCGCUAAGAUACCUGAAAACAAGAACAUAACGCAGUAUGGCCUCCACACUCGUUUGAAUAUUGGCGCGGUACACGUUCAGGGAGGAACACAGCGACCAGAGAGCUACAUUGGCCUGACGGAGGUGGAAUCAGGAAUAAACGAGUACAGCAAGCUGCGGGUCCGCAUGUUCCCUAUUGUGACUGUAGAGCAAACCACAGAGGAUAGCGCCUCCACCGAAGAAUCUCCCGGUGCCACCGGUAAGGCGAGAGUGUCAAAGUAUGAAGCUGCAUGCAACUUUGCAAGCGUCGACGAGGAGGGAUUCAUUGGAGUCGCAACGGAGGUGGCUGUUGGUUUGCCGUCAGCGCUCGAUCCCACACAGCUGCCGAAACCCACAUACCUGACGGUUCGUAUGGACGACAUCACUACGGACGAGGACGAGCCACAGGCAGUCGCGCUGUUCAGCUCUGAUAUCACUCAGUGGUACGAAAAAGGCGCACCGUUGACUGCCCUUCUCUGUGCCAAGUUGCCUGAUCACGGCGAAAGCAUCAUGUACCGUGUCGUAUCUAUCCUCAAGCUCGGCGGAGAAGAGCGUACACAGGGGGCUAAAGAGGCAACGUCAGCAUCCAACCAUGAGAAAACAGCCGAGGAAAGCUCUGAGGAAACAUCAGAAGAAGACGAUCUUCUGACAACGCUGCGUCAGGGGGACUUUGUUGGGACAACUAUGGUCGUCGUACUACCGGAUAAAGUUGACUAUACCGCAACGGUGAACUUGGAAGCCUACAAACCAGAAGCAUAG